AUGGCAGUGGAUUGGGAGAGUGGGGAGUUGUCCGAGGGUGAGGAGGGACAACUUGAGGUGAUACAUGCUCUGGCGCCUAGUGCACGUGACGCAGCUGAGCUAUUGUCCAUCAGCUCGUUGAGAAGGUUCGGUUUACUAUAUCCGAUCUUGGAAGCAAUGGGUAUUAACAGGAACGAUCUGAAGGCUCAGCAAUUGUUGGAGAAGUUUCUUAAGAAGGGAGCCAGAUUGUCGCCCCCGGCUCGAUCAAAGAACGAGGCUGUGGAACCCGUUGCAUCAAUGGGGCAGGCCGAGGGCCGAUCGUUGUGCAAUCGUGGGGGCAGGAUCGUGGGAAAAAGGCCAUUGUCAGAGGAGGGGGUGCCACCGAUGUCGAAGAGGCCGAGGACCGAGGAGGGCAGGAGGGAGCGAUCGUCCCCUCGUCGACCACACAUUCGAAGAGGAUGA